AUGUCUGACCGCAAAGUGCACCGCCUGCAGGGCGCAGUGUGCAUCUCGGAGCUGGUCAGUUCCAGCGAUGCGCAAAAUGGCGCCAAUUUUUCAGUGAAAACCAAAACAUUCCAUUCUAUCACUUCGUGCGUGGUGCUCGUCUCUAGCGGAUCGAACUGGUUCAGCCGACCGCACUCCCGGCGGAAGAGUGGCAAAAGGGUGAAGGUAACGUUCUCGGAGCCGCUCGACGCGUCCGACACCAGUUCCAGCGGAACCGCCACCUCUACCUUCUCAACGCCGAGCCCCUCGUCGUCGGCGGGACAACGGUGGCGCUACUUGGAGAACAUCUUUGGCCCAUCGUCAUCGUCAUCCCUUCCCAGGAACGCCCCGACCGACGGACGCGCGGGUAAUCGGCCUGCGGGGGAGUUCGAGCGAAGCAGUAGUGUUCGGACGAGUAACACCAGCUACGGGUCCGUUGGUAGCGGACCGUACAACCGACGUCCGCCACCGCAGCGUAAAGUAGGGCAGAAAAUGGCCGAUUGCGAGAAGGAGGAAGCCCUAAAUCUGCAGGUGGAAUUCGAGUGGGUACUGCACGAGGAGGUGCACUCGGUGCUGAAGCAACUGCACGCCAUACUGGUGGAGUGUGCCCACCGGUUUCCCGUCCCGCUGUACGGUAACGAGGGCAAGAAGCAGGACAAGUUCGUCCUUACUGCCGCCCCGGAGCAGCUGAAAUGUAUCGUCACUCUAACCGGGGAUAGUAUAACGCAUGCGGACAUCAACUUUAAGGUGCAGCGCCAGCAGCAGCAAAUCCAGCGGACCUCCAUCACGCAGGACUACCCGUGGAAGAUACAGCAGGUGCAGGAUGCGGCCAAUCACCUGCAGCAGGCCAUCAACCAUAUCGACAACGUGGACAGUUCGUACCAUUUCAAAACGUCCGACGAGGUGCUGCACAUUCUGGGCAACAUCCUUGGGGCCCUGCAGCGCGGUCGCACGUCGCUCGUCGUCCCGCGCAAGAAGCCCAUCGAGGAGCUGAUGAAGGGCCGCAACAUGAAGGCGCUCUCGCCGAAUCUGCCGGAAGAUCUCGCCAUCAGCUUCUACAUCCAGAGCCAUAAGCUGAUCUUCGUCGCGUACCAGCUGACGAACUUCCAGGGCACGAUGAAGUUCGACUCGUGCCAGGCGGAGUGUUCGGUGCCGUGGCUGAACGAGGUGCUGGUGCUGUUUACGGUCGCGUUGCAACUUUGUCAGCAGCUGAAAGAUAAGAUAUCAGUAUUUUCGCAGUAUAAAGAUUUUACUGUCGGCUCCCGCUCGCCAUCGGCACUGUCCUACUGAUGCUGUACCCGGUCUUGCGGAUGCAUUACAUGCCGAGUGCCGCUUCCGUGCCCAUCGUAGAUCACCAUACCGUCCCGUUGGUCGUUGCCCGGUUGCAAGUGGUGAAAAGCUAUGGGGGGAAAAUGAGAGACAAAUUCGACACGCAAACUAAAACUCGGGCAAUCUUCGCGUUGUUAGAGAUAGAAGGGUACACUGCGAUGGAGUCGAUCGUCGCGUUAUACCUGUUCCCCACAUGCUGUUGGCGUAGGUCAUUUGUCCCAUCGAACUGGGCGAUUGUUGAUGCGUGUGUGUGUAUGUGUUCGGAUGUUUGUUGCUAAACAAACGCUUCCCGUUGUUAUUGCAUUAGAUUAAGCAGACUACACAUAAGCAUAGUGUCCAUUAAUGCAUUUUUAUCACCAUAUUCAUCAUCCCUCUGCCCGUUGUCCCAUCCAACUGCGGGUCUGUGGAUAAGCGGGAAUCGGCACGGUAUGGAUCGUGCACUCGUCCGGUUUAUCAGAAAGU